CGAACGACUUAUCGCGCAAGACGCCCCCCCUGGAUCAGCCGUGCCCCCAUCUACGCAAAUCAAGCGGUCUUCCCUGUCUUUCUCGAUAACUCGGUCGGACAGACGGGCGCUCACAACCCUCCAGCUCCACAUCUAUUACUGUGAUAUUCGGUCAGACAGACGGUUGCCCAAAAACUCUCCAGAUCCACAUCUGUUGCUGUGAUGAACGAACGGAAAGCGAUCGGCAUGCUUGUGGCGUCUUCGGGAAGCUGCAUUCAAACCAUGGCACCCAUCGAUGCGCACCGGGCAGAGUUCCGACUACUACAUACAUAUCUUGGUGCGUCAGCGUAUCACCUGGAGCCUGGAGGAUUACAUGGAGAAUGUCAUGGCGGGGGUGGGGUGGUACAUCUGGAGCCUGGAGGAUUAGGUUCAUGGAGAAUGCCGGGGCGGGGUACAUCUGUAGCCUCGACCCGUGUCCGGAGAAACAUCCUGAAUAGGCGCUGGACCGUGCAUAUCGAUUGCACUCUAUUUUCAAGUCUGCUUUCCAGCCCCCUAAUCGACAUGUCGACUUUAUCGCGUACCGGCUGUCAUCUCUUCUCUACACACACCUGCCGUGCAAAACGAACACUAAUCAGUCAACGGUCCAACGUGGGAACAACCGGACGACCGACUUCUGGUGGAGACCCGUACGCGGGCAGUCGUGACGGCAUGGUACCAACUUCCCCAUUCCGCAUGAUGCAAGUGUCAGCGUGAGCAGCUUUUUGGUCCUCGUCUUACGGCAACAUCUUGAAAUCUCGGCAUACAAUUCGAUGCCACUGGAGAACCCUCGAUGCGCAGCAGCGCCGCCCUCCUCUUUCGGCCGCAUGUCGAUGGUGCCUGGGUAGCGCCGGAAACUAAAAGCAAAAGCAAAAAAACAUCGUCAGAACGACGGCCGAUUCCGCAACGUCCAGUUACGAACUAUGCACUAUACCCAAACGUGGUGUACUCGGUAUCGACACUCUGCUAUCGACUCCAACUUGCCAAUCCACGGU